ACCCCCCACCGCACCCCCAGUUGCGGGCACUUUCCUAGAAGAAUUGUUCUGGCCGCCGCCGCCGCCCAGAUGUUAGUUCACACGUAUUCCGCCAUGGAGCGCUCCGACGGCCUGAACGGCAGCUCGACGGGCGGCCGCCUCUCGCAGCUCUCGUCGCUGAACCAAGCGGCGGCCUACUCGUCGGCUCCCCCGCUGUGCCACACGCCCGCCUCGGACUUCCAGCCGCCUUACUUCCCGCCGCCCUACCCGCAGCCGCCGCUGCCCUACUCGCAGAGCCAGGAGGCCGCCUACCCGCACCUGGGCGACCCCUACGGCGCCAUCAACCCCAUGCACCAGCACCAGCAGGCCGGCUGGCACUCGCAGCGGGCGCGCCAGGAGGAAGCCGCCGCCGCCGCCGGGCUCCUCUCGCAGACGCACCGCGCCCUCGGCCUCGACCCGCGCAGGGACUACCCCGGAGUGCCGCGCUUGCUCCACGGCCUGGCCGACGGCGCGCACGCCUUGGGCGACGGCCCGCUCGGCCUCCACGGCCUCGGCCACCCCAGCCUCGACGACAUCCAGGCUGUGGAUGAAACAGGGAUGAAUCUUUUGGACCAGUCUGUGAUCAAGAAAGAUGGAAAACUGAUGCUCAGAGAUAGUAUCUUAAAGCCACCAACAGCUAAGAUGAGAUCUGAACUCUGGUCCUUUGUACAAAGCCAUCCGCUAGGCAACAUCGGUUCUGUCUCAGUGCCCAUUCCCUCAAAAGCCAAUGGUACCACCAUCUCUGCCCUGACGAUGAACAAGGACACUCUGAUUGGAGGGGUGACCAAUCCUAAUGAGGUCUUCUGCUCUGUGCCAGGCCGCCUCUCCCUUCUCAGCUCCACCUCAAAGUACAAAGUGACUGUCGGUGAGGUCCAGAGGCGACUGUCGCCCCCCGAGUGUCUCAAUGCCUCCCUCCUGGGUGGAGUCCUCCGGAGGGCAAAAUCGAAAAAUGGAGGAAGAUGUUUAAGGGAAAGAUUGGAGAAGAUCGGGUUAAACCUACCUGCUGGGAGACGUAAAGCAGCAAAUGUGACCUUGUUAACAUCCCUGGUAGAAGGAGAAGCUGUUCACCUCGCCCGAGAUUUUGGAUAUGUGUGUGAAACAGAGUUCCCAGCCAAGGCCGCUGCAGAGUAUCUUUGCCGCCAGCACUCCGAUCCUGGUGAACUCCAUGCCCGGAAGAACAUGCUAUUAGCAACCAAGCAAAUCUGCAAAGAAUUUGCUGAUCUGAUGGCUCAGGAUCGCUCCCCACUUGGAAACAGCCGCCCAUCGCUCAUCUUGGAUCCUGGAGUUCAGAGUUGCUUGACCCACUUCAGCUUAAUAACUCACGGUUUUGGGGGGCCAGCCAUCUGUGCGGCUCUGACUGCGUUCCAGAACUACUUGGUAGAGUCGCUCAAAGGGCUGGAUAAAAUGUUCAUGAACAGCACAGGGAAUGGCCACUCAGUUGGCGACUCCAAAACCUCAGAAAAGGAAGUGAAACAUCGGAAAUAACCUCCAGAGUUUCUCAGCCAUCCCCUGUAAGAGAGUCCUUCCGUUCCCCAGUGUCAUUAAAUAAGAGGCCUGGUCUUAUCAAUGUGCGGAGGGAAAGAAGCCAAUUAAGAACUGUCCUCCUGCCAUGUUUCCACAGACUGUGACAGAUGCCCCUCAGAUAUCAAGUAAACAGAAAGUGAAGACUGAUGACAAUGUCUAAGGGAACUUCACUGUGAUGGAUGUCAAUCCAGAUGCAUUGAUACGUUUCUGUUGACACUCUUGAUUGGCAGUAGUGCAUAUUGGAAGCCAGAUCAUAUGUGCAAUUACUUUUUUCAUAUUUUUCUUUUCAAAACCCACAAUCAUAAAACCGUUGAGGUGUUUCUGAAGGCCUGACCAAACCACACCAAAGCAAACAGGUCUUGGUGGAAUCAAGAGCUACUGAGAGUCGAUGGAUUUUGAGUUAUCUCAUGGGACAGAUCCGGAGGGGUCACAAAGAGAGAGGAAUAGCCACCGAAGUCCACUUUUGUUGUGCCCUGUGACCAAGGAAAAAGUAACGUUACCAGCAGCCUUGCUCUUGAGUGGUCCUGGGACUUUGUUUACAGAUUUUGACCAAUUGGCAGUCAGUGUGGAUUUUCUCUAGGCUUUAUAAGGGGGACCAUCACCUAAGUUUUGGUCGUGUUUCUUGCAAGGAGGAUCGCGUUCCUGCAAAGCCUCCUCUGCCGCCCAGUUUCAUUUGGCUCGCCAGGACCUCAAGAGAAGUGAUGCAUUGCGACUCACCACCUCUCCUCCCAGGUUUUCAAAACGUUACUAAUAAUAUUAAAUAACAAAUAAUAAUAAAUUAAUAAAUGAUUAAAGCACAAGGAGCAGAACUUGAAGGAGGCCAAACCCGAACUGUUUUGAAAUCUGUAUAUAUUUAUUUAUGUGUAAUUAAAUCAAAAAAGUUUUAAAAUGUCCAGUGCGCGUUAUUUAUAUUCAGUUAAGUUGGAAAUUCUUACUUUUUUUUUUCUUUCAAAGAUAAACUGGUCCUCGGAAUUUUCUGGAAUGAAGUUUUGAAUAGCAUGGACAAUAGCCUGCGAUGCUAAGAACUAGAGACAUUUAGCCCAAUUUGGGGUUUGUUUUUCCUCUCUUUUGUACGUGCUGUUGUUUCACUUAAAAAGCUACCAUAGAUGUACAGUGCCACCACCACACAAAUGUCAGUCAUUAUCUUAAUAAAACCUCUUUUUAUUUGCAAACA